UGGUCACACUGCAAUCAAAAACAAGAAUAAUAGCAAUUCCGCUGCCCCAUUUUGUGUGUUUUUGUACAAAGUGCAAAGUGUAAAUAUCGUUCUGUUGUUCACCAAAUUCCGCCUUCCUCUGGAGGAUCUGCGUCGUCCCGUUUUCGUGCGCGUUACUUCUGCUGACGUAGUUGUUUUCGUCGUCCCCGUCGCAGUCGCCGUUGCCCGUCACGUCUUGUGACUCUCUCCGUUUGCUGGCAGCGAGCGCAUUUGAAAAGAAAGUCGUAAAAAUAUAGAAAAACUAGAUAGAAGGGGAGGAGUAGUUGCCACCGUCGUCGUCGACGUCACACACAAACACAUACACUCAUACACGUACGCACAGAGAGAGCUCCACACCGAUACGAACUGACUGCAGCAGCGAAGCAGAAACAACAACAACAGCAAGAAGAAGAGAACAGAGCAUUGCAGCAGUGGAGCAGCUUGCUUUGGAGCACUUAAACAGCAAAUAAAAACAUAAAAGCAAAAGAAAACUUUUAGCCUUUGAAAAGACACAAAUCCAAACAUAAAAGCAAAAGUCACAAAAAGUUUCUUCUUGUGUGUGUAGCAAAAAUAAAAACGAAACGAAAAUGAGAAAGCAAAAGGACGAUAUGCAGGUCAAUGUUGCCGGUCUACGCAGAAACAUCAAGAACCUAGCGCACAAUUAUUCCGAUGCUCAGGUCAAAGUGCGCGAGGCCACGUCGAAUGAUCCAUGGGGUCCGUCGGCUGCCAUUAUGGGCGAGAUUGCGGAUCUCACCUACAACGUGGUGGCCUUCUCGGAGAUCAUGCAAAUGAUUUGGAAGCGUCUCAACGAUCAUGGCAAGAACUGGCGGCACGUCUACAAGGCGCUCAUCCUGCUGGAGUACCUCAUCAAGAUUGGCACCGAGAAGGUGGCGCAGCAGUGCAAGGAGAACAUUUUUGCCAUUCAAACGCUGCGCGAGUUUGUGUACUUUGAGGAGGGCAAGGACCAGGGCACCCAUGUGCGCGAGAAGGCCAAGCAGCUGGUCACGCUGCUCAAGGACGAUGAGCGACUCAAGAACGAGCGGGUGAAGGCGCUGAAGGCCAAGGAGCGCUUUGCGCUGCAUCCCAGCGGCUUUGGCAGCGACGGCUACAUUGACGGGCCCUCGCAGCGUGACAUGCCGCCGGGCUGGCAAGAGGAGCCGCCCAAAUCACAAUCAGAACUGGAAAUGGUUCGGCCACAGACCGCUGGCGAGGAGGAACUCCAACUGCAGCUGGCGAUGGCCAUGUCACGCGAGGAGGCCGAGCAGGAGGAGGCCAAGAGACGAAGCGACGAUGUGCGCCUGCAGCUGGCCCUCAGCCAGAGCGAACAGGACUUCAACGGCCAACCCAUCACCAGACCCAAGAAGGAGGAGCCCCAGAGCCAUUUGCUGGACUUGCUGGACAUUUCGCUGGGCGCCACAAGCAUUUCGAGUCCGCCGCUGGGCGCUGCUGGCGGCGCACCUGCGGCCGUUGUCGAUCCCUGGGCCACGCCCGGUGCUGCCCGUGCGCCCAGUCAGCUGUCGGACCCGUGGUCGGGCACCUCCUCGCCGCAAGUGGAUCCCUGGCAUCCCUCGGCCGCACCGCGCACCAUUAUGGGCGCUGGAGUGCCCAUUAGCUCGGCCAUGGGCGGCGCCGUCGCUCCUGGAGAUGCGUGGGGUCUGCGCACACAAUCACCUUCCGUGGCCUCCGGCUCCUCCAACGAGGGCUGGCUCCAGACCAAUGGGAAUGCCAACCAAAAUGGACGCGGUGCCACGCCUGCAGGCGGCGCUCCCUUCGAGGCGCUGAUGACGAGAACCAAUGCGGGCAGUGCCCUGGCAGCGGCGGCGUCAGCGAGCAAUCAUGCUGGCAACAAUGGCAGCGCCUCGGCGGAUCCUUGGCUGGCAGAGCCAGCGGGUGCAGCAGCCAUGGCUCCAGCGGAUCCUUGGACCCUCGGAGCACCGGUGCAGCCAGCUCUGGAUGAUCCCUGGAAGGCACUGGGCGCAGGCACGGGUGCUAUAAAGAAACAUUCGCCCGAGUUUGAUGAAUUCGAUUUGAUAACAAACCGCAACAAGAGCGCCGAUCAAAGCAACUCGAAUGCCUCCAACAAUAACAAUAAUGCUUCUCUGCUGGACGACAUGGAUCCUUUAUCUUUGAACUACGGCAAUGGCGCUGUCAGCACGAGCUCCGUGCAUCCCUCGACGGGUGCCACUGCAAAGAAACCGCUCAAGGAUCCGCACUCGUUCUUAGGCGAGAAUUCGGCGCUGGUUAAUCUGGAUAAUCUGAUCAAACCGAUUGCGCCGCAAACGCAAACGGGCAAUGCCCCAGCCUACAAUCCAUUCAGCGAUAACGUGAUGCCACCCAAAACGAAUCUAUUCCAGCAACAGCAGCCAGCCGUGCCGUCCAUCAAUCAGCUGAAACAGCAGGCGCCCUUUGCAGUCAGCAUGAACCAGGAUCCCUGGGCGCCCGUCAUGGGCGGUGGCGUCAGUCAGUCGCAGCUAAAGCUACCGCCACCCGUGCGUCCGACCAGCCUCAAUUUGGGCAUGCCCACAGCUCCGGUCUAUGCCACAGGCUUGGGGGAAUUUGAGCUCUUGAGUGCGUUUAGUAAUCCCAUCAUUCCCUCUGUCACACACCCACAAAUACACAACCAUCCAAAGCCGACAGCGGAACAGAUUUACACUCAGUCGUACAGCAGCAGCAAGAGUCCCAGCAACACGCUAAGUCCUGGCAUUGACAGCAUACGCAAUAUGGAUCUGUUCAGCGAGAUGCCGCAGCCGACGCGUCCCUACUUCAAUAGUCCCACAGCCCAUGAAGCUGAACCCCGAUAUAUAUCCGAUGUGUACAAUAGCAAUAGCAACAGCAACAACAAUAACUAUGGCGCACCGGCCCUGUACUCUACCUAUGCGUCCAGCUAUAGCAGCGCCUUAUCCGAUUCGCUGGCCGAAACGCCGGGCAUCAAAAUUGCACCCAUGAACUUUGGGGAUGCAGUCGGGGAGGAUGUACGCAAUUAUGGCAUGUCCACGGCUGCUGCCUGCAAGCUGGAACAAAAUAACAACAUGCCUUGGAUCAAACCGGAAGCAGGAGCAACAAAUCCAUUUUUGUCAUAAGGAGCAGGAAUGCAACAGCAGAACGGAUUCAAGACGGAUGUCAGCGGAGCGGAGUCAAUCACUAAAAGAACAUGGGAGAAGCCAGAGAAUCGACUGCUUGAGGCUUUUUGGCUUUUGGCUGGUGUGUGUGCCCAUAAAGAACCACAGUAAAACGACAGCAAAAACCACAGCAAUUUAGCUCUAUCAACUGCAGCAUGAAAAUAUGAAUUAAUUAAUAAAUUAAUGUGUAAGAAAGUAUUAUUAAACUGUAAAAUAUGUGAUGUACAACAGAGAGAGAGAGAGAACGAGAGAGAAAGGGAAACAAGCGAGAGCACACCAGACCGGGCCACCACUCUGUCUCUGAGCACUCGGGACUCCACUCCACAAACAAACACGGAACUUGAGUCUAGACAAAACACACAACACAAACAUUUGCAAUAACUGAAAUCAGGCAGCACAGACGCCACUCGACUGGCAAUGAAAUUAUUUUACUACUCUUCACAACAUUCUAAACGUAACAGAAAGUUGAGUGGCAAUGUGGCUGCAACCCUCACACACACACACCCACACACACCUGGCACUGUUGCAGAGUUACAAAAAAAAAGUAACGAGAAGCCAGAACAGCCAGUAGCGAGUGCAGAUCGAAAACAAAGAGUCCAACAAAAAAAAAACGAGAGAUGCAAAUAAUGAAUGAAAAACAAAACUAAAUGAGAGAAAAAAAUUGUUAUAUAGCUUUAAAAAAAUUGUGCAUUGGUCAAAGAAGGAAUGUUAAAAACAGCAGCAGGAGGAGGAGGAGCAUGAACCAAUUAAUGAAUUAAUUAAUUAAUUAAUGUGUGUAAUGCUUGUAAUUGUAAUUGUAAAUGUAAUUGUGAAAUGUUAAAUGUCUCAUUUUUGUACAAGUUUUUAAAAACACACACACACACACACGUACAUACAGACAUUUUUACUGAUAUUUUAGAGAUGGCAAUCGAUUCGCUUGUGUUCGCUUUUGGUCCACACACACCGCCCCCACGAGUUUUGCUGUUGAAAUGAUUUUUUUACACAUAUAGAAACUAGUUUGAAAUUUACAAAGAGAAAAAUAAAAGAAAAAAGAGCGAGCGAGAACGCUUAAGAAGGAGCGAGUAGAAGCGUACAGCGAGUAGAGGGCGUGGAACUAAACGAAGCAAAAGCAUAAAACAAAUAUGAAUGGUAUACAUUUUAGGCUAGAAUACGUAAUGAAUUGUGUAAGCGUAACUUAAUGAUAACGAAAUA